GACAGAUUCCACUUGGCACCUUUCAGAGGACACUCAGAGGCAUCAGCCACUGCCUCUUCACCAGCUCCCAGAGAUCCCCGCCUCCAUCCCUAGUCCUAGAGAAGGAAAUCCAUGCCACGGUCCUCAAGGAGCCCUGGGGACCCAGGUGCCCUACUUGAAGAUGUGGCCAACAACCGCAGGCCCCGGAGGAUUGCCCGGCGAGGCCAGAACACCAGCAGGAUGGCAGAGGACCCCUCCCCAAACAUGAAUGACGCCUUCCUGUUGCCUGUCCACAUCAAUGCCCAAGCCCCAGGCCUGACUCAGUGCAUGCUGGGAUGCGUGUCCUGGGUCAGCUGUUUGGCCUUCUUCCUGAGAACUCAGGCCCAGCGGGUUCUGUUCAACACAUGCAGAUGCAAGCUGCUGUGCCAGAAGCUCAUGGAGAAGACAGGCAUUCUGCUCCUCUGUGCUUUCGGAUUCUGGAUGUUUUCUAUUCACGUACCAUCAAAAAUGAGAGUUGGGCAGGAUGACAGCAUAACUACUCCACUGCAGAGCUUGAGGUUGUACCAGGAGAAGGUGCGACAUCACAGUGGGGAAAUCCAGGACCUCCGAGGUAGCAUAAACCUGCUCACUGCCAAGCUCCAGGAGAUGGAAGCCAUGUCCAAUGAGCAAAACAUGGCCCAUAAAAUAAUGAAGAUGAUACAAGGAGAUUACACCGAAAAGCCAGACUUCGCCCUGAAAUCUACGGGGGCCAGCAUUGACUUUGAGCACACGUCAGCCACCUACAACCAUGACAAGGCCCACUCCUACUGGAAAUGGAUCAGGCUAUGGAACUACGCACAGCCCCCCGACGUGAUCCUUGAGCCCAACGUGACACCUGGCAACUGCUGGGCCUUUGAGGGUGACCACGGCCAGGUGACCAUCCGAUUGGCUCAGAAGAUCUACCUGUCCAACCUCACGCUGCAGCAUAUCCCCAAGACCAUCUCACUGUCAGGCAACCUGGACACUGCCCCCAAGGAUUUUGUCAUCUAUGGCAUGGAGAGCUCCCCCAGUGAGGAGGUGUUCCUAGGGGCAUUUCAGUUUCAGCCGGAAAACAUCAUCCAGAUGUUCCCGCUCCAGAACCAGCCGGCCCGGGCUUUCGGUGCGGUCAAGGUGAAGAUCUCAAGCAACUGGGGGAACCCAGGCUUUACUUGCCUGUACCGCGUGCGAGUGCAUGGCUCUGUGGCCCCGCCCGGGGCGCAGCCUCACCAGAACCGCUACCCUGAGAGAGAUUAAAAUUUAUUCUUUACUCCCAGA